AUGGUGACCGAGACCAAGAAGAUCCUGCUUAAAGAUAUCGAUAAGAUUACUUGUCUGGCCCGGUAUUUUGGCGGUGCCACUGUGGCGGAGGUGGAUUUCUUCAGACUUUCGUCUUUGUCCAAAGUCCAUCCAGCCGCCGGUGGACGUUGGUGGACGUCGGUGCUAGCGGUCUUGGACGUGGAGUUGGACAAGGUGCUCUACUUUGAAUCACUGGCACUUCCGUUUGGAGCAACAAGUGCACCUCUUGCGAAGUCGGCUGAUUCGUCUGCGUUGUUGGAGCUGAUGAGCUUACUCGGGUGGCAAGUGUCUACGGGUGAUAAGCUUAAGAAAUUUUCCUCUACCUUCAACAUGCUUGGUGCCACGAUCUCCUUCAAUGAGCUUUCCAAAGGUUUCGUCAACGUCUCGAACAAGCCGGAGAGGAUUGAAGACAUCGAGAAGUUAGCUAAGGAUUUGGAGGCUCGAGGCCCAAAGGGAGUCGAUGUGCUGCCGUCGCUGAAGGGCAAGCUUCUGUAUGCGGCGGGACACGUCUUUGGGAAGUGUGCUCGGAUUGCAACCCCACUGAUCCGGCACUAUAAGAGCUUCGGGUCAAAGUCGGCUGACUUCGAGUCUUUGUGUCGUGCUAUUCGGUUGGCCAUAGGCACGUUGAAGGAAGCGGGCCCGAGGAGGAUAUCUUUGUGGUCGGAGCAGCCUCCGAUCGUCAUCUUUUCAGAUGGAGCGCACGAAUCUGACCUUGUCACGCGUGGCGCAGUGGUCGUCGAUCAGGCCACUGGGUUCAAGGAGGUGUUCGGAGAUAGAGUUCCGGACGACGUCGUCACCGGGUGGCGACAGUCUGGUCGCAGACAGCUGAUCUUCUUUGCGGAGCUCUUCCCGGUGCUUGUCGCCAAAAGAACCUGGGCGGACAGGCUUCGGAAUCGUCGUGUCUUGCUCUUCGUAGACAACCAAGCGGCGAAAUCAGCUUUGAUUCGUGGAUACUCGCCUUUGGUUGAUGCUUCAAAGGUUCUGGCGGACAUUUUCGAGCUUGAUGUCCGGCUGGGUUGCUUGACUUGGGUCUGCUGGGUGCCCUCCAAAAGCAACGUUGCCGAUGCAGCAUCCCGCCUGGAGUUCGAAUCGUACGCAGGGAUCUUCAAAAGGGUCACGCCGCGGUAUGCAGAAACUUCCUAA